AUGUCACCAACAACUUUAAAUAAAAUAUAUCUCUAUUAUUUACGCUUUAUGGGCGUAAGUUGUCAUUCGAAUAAUAAAUGUACAGAAAAUUUGCUAAUAUUUUAUAACUUAAUAUUUAUCAUACUGGAUGUGAAACUGGUCUAUAACUUUAGCUCACGUGCUAGCGAGGAUACGGCCGAUAUAAAUGUUAUACAAAAUAUAAUGGUUUUUGUAAAUCUAGCCCUUGUUUUGGCCUUUAAAAUUGUGCGCAUAUUUAUUGCUUGUCGUGUGAUAAUGAAACGUAAAAUGGAGGCUUAUAUUUUGAAACUAUUUGAAGAAAUUGAAGAUGAUUUUCAAUUGAAAUUAUUUCAUAAUUUAGAAUUAAGUAAUUGUUAUAAAAUUGUAUUCUAUAGAUAUUUUUGUCUGGUGGAGAUUCUAUCGAAUACCAUUGCCUUAAUCUAUAAAUGGUAUUACACAAGUCUUUCCUCCCUAUUGACUUAUUUUCGUUUUCUAUUGACAUUGCAGGCCAUUAGGGCAGUUUAUUUACAAUUUGUUUUGAUUAUUAUUAAAAUUGAUGAGAAUUUAGAAAAUCUGGAAAAAUGUUUAAAAAUCAAUCUACAUGAGCAACAACAACAAAAACACCAGCAGAAGAAGGACAAACAGCAAACAGUUGGACAUCCGGCGGAAAUGAAUGUUUUUAAUAAUCAAUGUAUUUUAUAUAAUGUUGGCAGUGGUGUUGGUAGUGGUGGCAUGUCUGUUGUCAGACACUAUUUGCUGCAACGUAUCUGGACAAUGAAAUGUAUUUAUGGCAAAAUAAUUCAAAUCUCUUUAACAUGUUCAUCAUUAUUUGGCUUAUCCGUUUUACUAACGAAUUUCCUGUGUAUUUGUGAAUUAACCGAGAUUAUGUAUGUUGCAGUUACUGCACUCGCCUACCAAUCAUUCGAUGUAAGGGAGGUUUUGCAUGGUCUGCAUAUGGUUUUGCCAAUGCUUAUUAUAUUGUUAACAAUGUGUUGGUUGAGUGACAAAUGUUCGAGAAGGGUUAUUAGAAUAGCCAAACAAUUGAAAACCUCAUCAGUACCCGCUUUUUAUAUCGAUGACUUCAUUAUGCAAAUUCUACAAAAUCCUAUUAAAUUUUCAGCCUACAAUUUCUAUGAAUUAAAUUUGAGUACAAUUUUCAAA